AUGGCUUCCUUAAUCAAAAAUCAAAUUAUCAAACGAUUAUCAAAGUUUGUCAAAAAUCUUUCAGCAAAUCAAAUUAAUUUAAGUACAAUAAAAGGUGAAGGUGAAUUAUCAUCAAUAAAUUUAGAUGAAAGAGCAUUAGAAGAUGUUACUGAAUUACCAACAUGGCUUAAAAUUCAAAAAGCAACAUGUGGACGAGUCUUUAUCAAAAUUCCUUGGACAAAUUUAAAAACUUUACCAAUUCAAUUAACAUUAGAUGAUGUUAUUAUUGAAAUCGAAACAUGUGAGAAACUUCGUGAUUUACAAAGUUCAUCGAAUGGAAAUGAUCCAUUCAUCGGUAAAUAUGGUUUUACUAAUCGAGUUAUCGAUGGAAUUUCAUUAACAAUUACAAAUCUAACAUUUACAAUAAAAUCACAAGGUUUUAAAGCAUCAGUGUUUUUACCGUGUUUAGAUAUUUAUAGUAUAACUCCCAAUGGACAAAAAGUUGACACAUUGACCUUAACUCGUCUUCGUAAUACUACUAAAAGUCAUAUUCUUCUUUUUAAAGAAAUAUCUUGGCCGAAUGCACGUAUUGAAGCAUCAUCAAAUGAUAAUAAUUUUCCAGGAACAUCGAUACGCUUUAUUGUUAAUUCAUGUCGAAUGAGAAUUGCAAUUAAAAAGAAUCUUCAAGAUAGUACAAUGAUAACAUCUCGUGUUAUGACACAUUUUAAUGAUCUAUUAUCAGUUCUUAAUGAUGCUCAAUUAAAAUCAGCAUUAAAUACUUAUAAAGAAAUAACAGAAUUAAUGAAUCGAGCAUCAGAACAAAGAAAACACUAUGCUGAAGAUAAAUUUAAUAAAUUAGAACGACAACGACAGUCAUCAACAUAUGAACCUAAAUCACCAACAAUAGGAACUAAUGAACCAAUAAAUUCAUCAAUGACUGGUCAACAAUCGAAUGAUCCAUUUACUCGAUAUGAUAUUAUUGAAACAUCAUUACAUUUCAAUGUUAAACGAUUAGAUUUACAUAUGAUUGCUGAUUCAGAUGUUCUUGUUGAUCGUCUAGUUGAAAAUGGUUCCGUUCAAAUGACAAUAGCAAAUUUAUCAAUUGAUCAUUAUCCAUAUCAUGAAUCAGGAUCAUCAAAAAAACAUUGGAUAAAAUAUAGUGAAAGUCAAUCAAUAAAUCGUACUGAAUGGGUAACUAAAUUACAUGAAGAAUGGUAUGAACAAUUCAAUACUGCUAAAGCUUGUGUACCAAAUGAUGAAACAUCUAUGAAAUUCGAAAAAGCUCUUCGUACAAAUCAAAUUCAUUUAUUUGAAUCAUGUAGUGUUAUAAAUAUUGAUGAUCUUGUUUUUUAUCCUGUUUCAUUAAAUAAUGAUAAACGACAAAAACGUCGUCGACCAUUAAUUUCAUCUGAUAAAACAUAUUAUCAUUUACCAGAUAAUUUAGGUGUUAUUAAUAUACAACAUACGGAAUAUUAUUAUCCAUUAUCUUAUUCAUUUCCUGUACCCAAUAGUGAUUUAUAUAUGCAAAUAAUGCCUCUUAUCAUUCGUAUUGAUUUUUCUACAUUAACUUGGUUUGAUGCUUUUAUAUCGACAUUAUCAAUAACGAUAGAUAAUUCAGGUAUAUUAAAAACUGAUAGACCGGCUAGUAAUCUUGAACAUGUAGCAAUUAAAUUUGAAAUUAUGUUACCAAGAAUUGUUAUAAGUUCGGAUAUAUUUUCUAUUAAUCGUAAAUUACAAGAAAUAAAACAAGAUAAAAAUUCAAAAUUUGAUAUAUCAUUACAACAGAAUGAAAUAUUAAAUCAACAACAAUUUGAUAUAUUUGAAAUAAAUAUUUCAAAAAUUUUACUUACAAAUACUCGAACAGAAUUAACAAAUAAUCGAUAUAAACUUGAACAACAUUUAGAAUUACUUAAAGAAACAAAUUUUUUUCAACAAACUCAAUGGCCUUUUUCAAAUGAUACAGCAACAACAACACGAUUUAGUCCAUUAUUUGAAAAACAUCCAUAUGAUGCAUAUUUAUAUAAUAAUCCAUUAAGUAAAAACACUAAUACUUUACCAGAAGCACCAUCAGCUAGUACAGUACUUCAGACAUAUUAUACAAUGUCGACUGAUUCAAUGAAAAAAUCUGCAAAAUAUGAUAUUUGGAAUUUAAAUGUUGAAAAUAUUUAUCUGGAUUUUACACCAUCGGAUUCAAUUCGAUUAACAAAACAAAAUAUGAUGGAUACUUUAUCAAUGACAGGUUGGAUUGUACUUGAUCAAAUAGAAACAAAUUCAUGGUUAAAUAUUCUUGGUAUUGUCGAAACUCCAUCUCUAUUAAAACUUUCUCAAAAACAAUAUACAUUUAUUUCGCAUCUAGUCGAUGAAAUAGGUCUUUUUUUGGAUGCACUUGAACGAAAUAAAAAUCAAACACAUUUAAUUAAAGAAAAACUUUUAUUAAAUACUUCUUCGGAUGAUAUUAAAAUAACAAUCUGUUUAACGAUUCCAACAACAUUUACACUUGCUAUCAUGGAUAAUUUUGAAGAUACAAUUAUUAAUCAUCUUACACCUACUCCAUCAAGUUUAUCUGAAGAUGAUAUUGAACCUACUAUGCGUGAUACAUCCGAAGCAAAUGUUGUUAUUGAUUUAGUAACAACACCAGCACCCAUUAUUGCUAGUACAACGAAAAUAGAAAAACCAAUACCAAAUAAAAAUCUUGAUUCGCCACGAUCAAAGAAAUCUAAAGGUGAAAUAAAUAUUCAACGUGGAUUAGAGAUUGCUUCAAAAGGUUCACGAGGUUCAUCCAUAUCAUCAUUGAUGAAUAUGAGUGAUAAUAGUGAUGAAACUUCAUCUCAAUGGGAUCUUAAUGAAGAAUUAGAUGCUGAUAUUGAUGCAAUUGUAUUCAGUAAUGAUUUUGAAGAACAACAACAAAAAGUAACACGUAUUGAAUUAGAUGAUGAUAGUAGUAUUAGUUUAACAGGAAAAAAAUAUAUUGGAAUGCCACCAGCAUUAGAAUCGGUUAAUGGUGUAUUUAUUAAAGUAAAUCAAAUAAAUGCUUGUAUAACAGAAGGUAAUGAUAAGCAAAUGUAUAUUGCAUGUAAUGUAAAAUAUUUACGUAUUGAUGAAUUUUCUUCAUUAAAAUUGGAUACAAUUAAACCAAAAUUAUUUGAAAAUGAAAAUCCAGAUGAAUAUAAUAAUGAAAAUGUUCCAUCAAUAAAUGUUCGUAUUGAUUUUCCUAAAAGUGAAUUAUUACCACCACCAAUUAUUACUUUACGUAUUCAAGAUCGUUCAUUAAAAAUUACUAGUCAUGCUAUUGAUGUAAUUUCAAAAAAUCUUGAAGAAAUAUUUACAAAUGAAGAAAAAAUCCUUAGAGAAAAUCAACCACUUAAACUUCCUUCACUUGAUAUUCAUUUAAACAACGUACAAUUAACAGUUGAACCCCUUCAUGAACUUUCAACAGCACAAACUGUUGUUGACAUAAAACCACCAAUCGAAGUAAUUAUCGAAUGUAUGCAUAUUCUUCGACAAAUGGAUGGCAAAGUGAUUGUUCGAAAGACGAAUGAUAAUGAUGAUAAAAAGCAAAUAACUCCAUCAUUGCCACAAUCAAAUUCUAAUGAUGAUAUAAAUGAAAAAUUACAACAAUUAGAAAUAUUUCGUCUUGAAAAUGAACGACUUCAUUCUGAAUUAAAUACUCAUAAAACAGAAAUACGUGUUUUACGUAGUGAACGUGAUAGUUUAAUGAGUACAAUUUCUAAACUUGAUAUUGAAUUAACUGAAGCUGAAUAUCAACGUUUUGCUCAACAACAAUCAAGGAAAAAAUGA